AUGGUUUCUAAAUGUACAGUACAAUUUGUCAACUUUGGGUGGAUAUUCAUCGUUUCCUACCUCCCAGCAUAUGUGCUAUGUGAAGAAAGGCUCGAAUUUUCCGUGACCAAGACAUGGGACAACCAGCCCCUCGACCACGAUCCGGUGAUCCUGAGGUUGAGAUCCGACGGAGACGACGUCGUCCUGGAUCUGGAAGCUCCUUUCUUCGGCGAUCCAGAACCUCCGGAUCAGGAACCCGGGAGUCCGUUCGUCAAGUUAUGGAAUUAUGAAGUUGUUGAAGCCUUCUUUCUUGGAGAAAAUGAAAAGUAUUUAGAAGUAGAAUUUUCUCCUCAUGGAAAACAUUUGCUACUUCUGCUUGCUGGAAGAAAAAAUGCCAUAAAGAUCGACUUACCGGUUCAGUACCGAGCAGAAAUCCUGGGUAAGCGUUGGUCUGGUUCUGCCAAGAUUCCGAAAUCUUACUUCCCUCCUCACGUAAACCUUUUCAAUGCAUACGCCAUUCAUGGUACUUCUGAAAAGCGUGUUUAUGAAGCUUUGUAUCCUGUACCCAAUGCUCAUUUUGUUUCACCUGACUUCCACAGAUUGGAGUUCUUCCGUUACGUAGAUUUUACGCCUUUGAAGUUGAGUAAUACUCUGUCUGAAGUCUGGUUAGAUGCUCUGACAAAUAAUGGUGAAGCUCAGUAAUCUUAAGUAUAACGUGCAUCUCCACAUGCAUUGUGUGCAGAAACUCUGACAAGAUUAAAUUAUUUUACUUGUGACAAUAUUGUGUGAGAAUAAAAAUUUAUAAGUUAA